UAGCGUCAUUUCUCGAUGGUACAUUAGUUAGUGGACGACAAGUACAAUUUUAGUUAAGCGCGCGUGUGCAUGGUUGAAAGUUGCUCGACAAAAUAAAAACCGCAAAACAAAACGAACUUCACGUCCGUCCUAGUAUAAUAUAUAUACGUGUGCCGGUUUUUUUUUUCGCUAGGUACCUACCUGUUGAGUGAGCGCACGUGGUUCAAGGGGAACGAUGGCUCGUUGCAAACCAAAAGUAAACAGGCACAACCUGUUGACCUUCCUCACCGUCGUGGGCGUUGUUGGGGGAACUGUAUGUGGAUGCAUAAUCAGAGCUACCGCGACCUCAAAAUGGACCCCCAGGCAGAUCAUGUACCUGGAAUUUCCUGGCGAUCUCUUUCUCAGGAUGCUGAAGGCUCUUAUUGUACCACUUCUAAUGGCUUCUGUCAUAUCAGCCAUCGGAUCUUUGGACCUUAGCCUGUCAAAGAAAAUUGCGAUUCGAUCAAUAGCGUAUUAUGCUACAACAACCAUUUCGGCGGUAAUUCUGGGCAUUUUUCUGGUACUGACCAUACGACCUGGUGUGAGUGCAAGCAAAAAUUUCGAAGAAACAGAAGACGAUACACAGGCUAGACCUGUCCUAACGGCAGAUACAUUGUUAGAUUUGAUAAGAAAUCUAUUUCCUCCAAAUCUGGUUCAAGCUACCAUAUACCAGUCUCAAACGCAUCUUAAAAUUCCACCGGGGGUUUGUGAUCCAACCAACUUCAACAAUUGCACCAAACCAUUGCAAGAUAUGGAAUUUACUGAAGUUUAUGAAGGAACCACUAACGUUCUUGGACUUGUAAUGUUCAGCAUUGUUUUUGGUAUAACUAUCGGUAAAAUGGGAGAACAGGGUGCACCCUUGUUGGCAUUCUUUGAUGCCCUUAGUGAGGCUAUGAUGAUGAUUACAGGUUGGGUUAUAUGGCUCUCUCCUCUUGGUGUAUUUUUCUUGGUGACAGCUCAAGUGCUGAAAAUAAAAAGCUUUGCUGCUUUGGUGGGCCAGCUCGGAAUGUACUUCUUUACAGUGCUACUUGGUCUAUUUAUUCAUGGUUUCGUGACAUUAUCGAUCAUCUACUUCGUUUGUACGAGAACGUUGCCGUUCAAAACCAUUGCUGGGAUGAGUCAGGUUUUGGCAACUGCUUUUGGAACAGCUUCUAGUUCUGCCACAAUGCCAGUAACUAUCCGAACAAUGGACAAAAUGGGGGUAGAUCCCAGGGUUACCAGAUUCGUUAUCCCCAUUGGAGCAACUAUUAAUAUGGACGGCACUGCACUUUAUGAAGCUGUAGCUGCAAUUUUUAUUGCUCAAAUUCGACAAGUACAACUAGGAUUCGGCCAAGCAGUAGCUGUUUGUGUUACUGCAACGGCAGCUAGCAUCGGAGCAGCGGGAAUUCCCCAAGCAGGUCUUGUUACUAUGGUGAUGGUGUUGGAUACAGUUGGCCUUCCGGCCAAAAAUAAUAUCGUCAUAAUUAUUGCAGUUGAUUGGUUGCUGGACCGUUUUCGAACCACUAUAAACGUUAUGUGUGAUGCGUUGGCGGCAAAAAUAGUGGAUCACAUGAGUGCUGGAGAACUUGGACGUACUGUACCUGGUGACAAACUAAACGCUGAACCACAUGAAUUGGUGGAAAUUGCUAAAAAUGAUUCUCACCUGUAAAAUACUUAUUUAUACAUAAUGUGAAUGGUUAUGCUAAUUAUCACUGAACUUUAAUAACGCGAUGGAAAUGAAUGAAGAUGCAAUACAAGUUUCACAAUCGCAAUCGGUGUAGACACUUUAUUGAUAUUAUCAUAAUUAUAUGACGAUUCGUUUCGAUCGGAAUUUUUUAAUUAUUGAUGAUUUUGUCAUUAUAACUAUUUAAUUUUGUUAUUGUUUAUAUUAAACUCGUUCAGUUAAUAAGCAACUGUUAAUUAAUUAUUAUGACUACAUGGUGCUUUUAUUUGAGGUCAACAAUUUCGCUUCGUUAAAAGUAAAUAAACCAACAUUGUAUUUGAAAUAUGGAGUCGAUUAUAAUCUAUUUUUAUCUUUUAUUUUAACUAUUUUUAAUUUUCCAUUAUUUCAUUUUAACAGCAAUUAUGUAGAUAGAUAUGCUAAUUGCUGUUACGAAUUCAUGAAAGAAUAUUUUGGAUAUUAAAUUUAGUAUUAACGGAGUAAUUUACGACUCAAUAUAAUUUUUAGGAAUGGAUUUUUUAUUCAAUAUACGUAAGUAUUAGAUAAUUAAAAACUUUUCGUUCAUUUAUAAAGGUUAUCUUACACGGCUAGUGGUCCGGCGCGCCGGUUCGGAAUCCGACGAACCGCGCUCCGCGUGAUCGGUUAGAUGCGACAUAACAUCAUUUGGAACAAACGUCCACAGUAUACAACUUAAAUUUUCAAUGAAAUUAAUGUAAAAAUUAUGUUAUUCAUAUAGAAACUUUAAAUAAUGUAUAAUAUACUUCAAAAUCCAUUAACUGUCUGUAAUAAAUAAAUAAUUUACGUCAAA